AUGGCAUCCGAGACGGGCUUCAAGGCUGAGACAGAUGGCCCUCGAGAGACAAUCUCUGUCGGACAAGGUACCAAUGAGACAGGGCCCCAAAAGGAUGUCCCUGUGUCAGGAAACCAGAAUUCAAGUGUUGAGUCCGACAUUGACAUCGACGUCGACGCUGACGCCACUGCCACGGACAACACAACCAAAACCACUCCGGUCACCUCUACCACUCAACACCUACCACUACCAACCACUGCUACCGCCGCCGCAACCGACCAAGAGAAACGCGAUCUCAUCGGGCACUACGCGGACCUAUUCUUCCACCACUUCCGCCAAUACCGCGACCCCCUGGAGCGGAUGGACGUUGUCAACCACGAGAUCUGGGGCCGCGCCAAGCUGGACCGGCGGUACCUGAGCAUCUGCGCCCUACACGCCGAGUACUUCCUCAUGAUGUCGCAGUACCUGCGGCACACGCCGGACGUGCUGGAGAGCGCGUGCCGUGAGCUGUCCAAGUUCCUCGACGUCCAGGAGUACUGGUGGCCGCUGUGCGUGAACCUACCAUCAUCAUCGCAGGCCACGAGGCUCGCGCUGGUCGAUGCCGUGUUUGAGCGCGUCAGGGAUCCAAAUUUCGAUGUCACUGCGUUUCAGGCGGAGUAUGCCGCAUCUCACUCGGAGGACUUUGACGAGGGCGUUGUCGAUAUCCUCCACGCGUGGCUCGAUGUCGCCGCAGCGGCGGCGGGAGGUGAGGCGAGGAAUAUCCACGGGAUGUGA